GCUCUCCUUCCAGCGGCCCUUCAUUUUUAAGCUUCGCCACCUGUCUGCCGCAAUGCCGCGGUCACCCGAUCCCGACCGUCGAGACUAUGACCGGGAGAAGGUGAAAGACCGCGAGCGUGAGCGAGACCGCAAGCGUGACCGGGACUACGACGACCGCGCAUCCGGCUCGAAAGCUGGUCGCGACGACCGUGACCGCGACCGUGAUCGUGAGCGCGACCGAUCAAGCCGGGACGACAAGUACGGUCGCGACCGAGACCGCGAUGGCGACCGCCGGAGGAGAGAUCGAGACCGCGGUCGUUACGAUGACGACGACGACCGCGAGCGGAGGAAAGACAAAGAGCGGCGUCGACGAGACGACUCGGACGACGAAUCAGACAGGGAGAGGAGGGAGCGCAGGAAGGACCGCGAGAGGAGGCGCGAACGGGAACGAGACUCACGAAGCCGUUCUCCCUCUGAGCGCCAGAAGCGCAAGGAGGCCAAGCGGGCGGCAAAGGAAGCGGCAAAGCGCGAGGCCGAGCUGGAGCACUCGCGCAAGCUCACCGAGCUAUCAAUGUACUCGGCGGUCGACAACCCGUUCCACGACGCCAACCUUGGCGAACAGUUCCAGUGGCACAAGAAGCGCGAGAAGGAGAAGAAGGCAGGCCUGACGACCGAGGAGAUUGCGCGCAAGGACGCAAAGCGACGACUCGAGGCCAAGGAGGAGCUGGAAAAGCUCAACAAGAAGCGUGCUGAGCGCGAGGUUCAGAUGCAGCUCCGCGAGGAGGAGGAGGCGCGCAUGCGUGUGCUGGCUGAGGACGCGGCAAUGGCCGAGUGGCACGCAAAGGAAGGCUCGUUCCAGCUCGAGCAGAGCCGCCGGCGUGCCGGUAUCCGCCUCCGCAUGAAGCGCGGCAAAGCGAUCGAUUUCCUGGCCAUCAACCUGCGAUUUGCCGAUGCUCAGGCGCUGGGCCGAACGACCUCGGCCAUCGGCGCUCUCACCAACAACCCCCACCGUGCUGAGAUCGAGCGCGAGGAAGAGGAAGAAGGCUGGGGCUGGGCUGAUGCCGGGUUCGAGUUUGAGAUCGAUGAGCCGUGGAAGAUCUUCGAUGAAGACAUGGUCGAGCUCGAGGAGGACAUCAAGAUGUAUGUUUCCCUCGAGGCGUCGCCGGUCAACAUCGAGUUCUGGGAGGCCAUGCAGGUCGUGUGCCAGUACCACCUGGAGCAGCUGCGGGACCCCGACCAUGCCAUUGGCGGGCGGCUGUACAACAAGGACGUCGACGAGUCUGCGGGCAAGAUUGUUUCGGGGCUGAGUCUGCAACGGCUGAAUGAGCUCGAGACCAAGACCCACAACAUGUUGAACAGCGGCCAGCCGGUGGACGGAGAGUUCUGGGACCUGGUGCUGAAGAAGAUCCAUGUGGAGAAGGCGAUUGCCAAGCUCAACUCGAUCCACGAGAUUGUUCUCCGUAACCGCCUUGAGCAGUUCAAGAAGCGACAGCGCGAAGAUGCCGCACGUGUUCAGGCCGAGCUCGGUGGCGUUGUUGCUGGCUCGUCCGAGGCCCAGGCCGGCGCAUUUGGCGGCGACAUGCACGCCGAGGGGGUCGCGCCAGAGGACGACGAGGACGGCGAGGAGGACGACUAUGUGGAGGAAUACUCUCGCGACAUGAGCCCGGCGCCCCUCGACAUGUCGAGACUGGACGAGAACCAGCGACGGCUCCCAGUUGUCAACGAGGAGGACGAGCUCCGCGCUUUGUUCAAAGCCCGCCACACCAUUUCUGCCGAGUCGUUUGUUCCCCGCUCAAUGGCGCACACAACCGCGACGACUGAGCGCGAGGUGGCUCCUCGCCCGAUCGACAACGAUCUGGCCGCCGAGCUCGAGUGGCGUGCUGCUGCCGAGCAUGAGCCCAAGGACUGGGGAGACAGUGAGAGCGAGGAGGAGAUGGAGGGCGACCUUGCCGACGACUUCGACGACGCCCUGCCAGUCACGUACGACUGGAGCGACAGGUUCCGCCCCCGAAAGCCGCGCUACUUCAACCGUGUGCACACUGGUUACGAGUGGACAAAGUACAACCAAACACACUACGACACAGACAACCCCCCGCCCAAGGUCGUGCAGGGCUACAAGUUUAACAUCUUCUACCCCGACCUCAUUGACAAGUCCAAGGCCCCAUCCUACGCCAUCAAACGAAUCCCCGAGGACCCAGAGACACAGAUCAUUGUGUUCUCCGCUGGACCACCCUACGAGGACAUUGCAUUCCGCAUCGUACGCCGUCCAUGGGAGUACUCGCAUCGCAAGGGUUACAAGAGCAACUUUGACCGCGGCGUCCUGCAGCCGGAGCUGGAGCUGGAGCCGGUCGCGCACCACCAGGACCACCUCCAGGAGGACCCCCUGGUGCAUCAGGAGGGCGCGUGCCGCCAGGACCGCCAGCUGGCUUACAGCGUCCCUGUUCAAGGAUACCCGGGCUUCUCUGUCCCGCCCAGCGCUCUCCCCCCACACGCGAUGCCCAACUUUCCUCCUCCUCUCCCUCCAGGAUGGAGCGAGCACCGAGCUCCGGACGGCGUGACGCCCUACUUCUACAACUCGACCACCAAAGAGUCGACAUACACGCGUCCCACUAUUCUUCCUCCUGGAGCCGCUGCCGCGCCCGCUGCUGCACCUGCAGAGAAGGACAAGAAGAAGAAGAAGGAGAAGCCCAAGAACAAGGUCCCCGUCCCGGGUACCGAGUGGACGCGCGUGACCACCAACGAGGGCAACGUCUUCUACUUCCACAAGGAGAGCAAGCGCUCCGAGUGGACCGUGCCAGAUGAGAUUGCCGAGGCAGUUGCGGCACUCGAGGAGACUGAGCGGGCCGAGAAGGAGGAGAAGGCCAAGGAGGAGCGCCUGGAGCGACUCCGGGAGCAGGAGCGUGCGCGCGCCGAAGUCGAGGAGGAGCGGAAACGCAAGGCCAAGGAGAAGGAGGAGCGCAAGCGCAAGGCUGCCGAUGCGGGAGAGGCUCCCAAGCCCAAACAGCAGAAGACGGACGAGGAGCAGUUCGAACCCGCCGGUCAGGAGGACGAGGAGGCUUGGAUGAAGGCGGUCGCUGCCGAGUUUGCUACAGCAGACAAGGCGGCAGCAGACCAGGCUGCCAAGGAGGAGGAGGAAGGCAAGAAGAGGGAAGAGGAGGCGGCCAAGAAGGUGUUCGCCGCGCCCGAAAAGGUCAAGGUGUCCGAGGCCGAGGGACGCGCUCUGUUCAAGGCGCUCCUGAUGGAGAAGAACAUCUCGCCGUUUGCUCCAUGGGACCAGGCGCUGCCGUCGUUCAUCAACGACCCUCGCUACGUCCUCCUCAACAGCGAGAAGGACCGGCGUGAGGCGUACGAGGAGUACUGCCGCGAGGCUGGUCGUGCUCGCCGUCUGGGCAAGCACUCGGCUGGCACGACGACGGAAAAGAAGGCGGACCCGGAACGCGACUUCCGUGCCCUGAUGCGCGAUGAGGUGACGAGCACGCGCACGCGGUUCGACGAGUUCAAGCGGCAGUGGAAGAAGGACCGCCGGUUCUACUCGUUUGGACGAGACGACCGCGACCGCGAAAAGGCGUUCAAGGUCCAUCUCCGCGAGCUGGGCGAGCGCAAGCGUGCCGACGCCAAGAUUGCCGAGGCCGACUUUUACGAGCUGCUCAAGGAGACGGAGGAGAUCGGUCCCGACUCGGGCUGGGCUGCCGUCAAGAAGCUCGUGGCCAGUGACCGGCGGUACGAUGCCGUUGGGUCGUCGUCGCUCCGCGCCGAGCUGUUCGCAUCGCACGUCAAGAAGCUUGCCGAGGGCGGCGGCAAGCCCGAGACGGCCGAGGAGGCAGCUGAGCGCAAGAUCCGCGAGCGGAAGGAGCGCCAACAGGCCAGCCUUCGCGACCGCGAGUCCAAGGUCCGCGAGCACCAGUCCAAGGUCAGCGAGGACGUCGACAAGAGCCGCACUGGCGCGAACCGCGAGGAGGGCGAGCGUGUGUUUGGCAGCCUUCUUACCGACGUGGUUCGGGAUCACACCAUGACUUGGGACGAGGCGCGACAGCUCUUGUCGAAGGACCCUCGCUUCAACCCCCCGGCUCUACGACCAGGCGACAAACAGCGGUUGUUCGAGGCGCGUAUCGCGCAGCUGGGGAGCAGCAAGUCCAACGCGCUGCACAAGCUGUUCGCCACGCACGCGACCGAGCUCGACACCGACUUCAGCGCGAUCUACGACAAGAUCGCGGAGGACCCGCUUGUCGCGCGCCUCGGGCUCGACAGCGGUGCGCUCGAGGACCGGUUCGACGCGUGGCAGCGUGCGCGGGAGGCUGAGGCGCGGCGCGAGUUUGACGCGCUACUGGGCGAGAACACUUUCGUCGACUUCUGGGGCCGCAUGCGCAACAAGGUCACGGACGAGGCCGCCGCGGCCGUCAAGGAGCUCGACGAGGGCGACGAGGGCGACGGCAUCGGCGAGGGCGGUGACGCCGACAUUACAAAGCUCGCGGGCCAGAUUGACCUCGCUGAGAUCAAGUCGGUCCUGCGGAGGGACAAGCGAUACCGUCAGUUUGACCACAUCCCCGAGGUCCGCGAGCAGUGGAUCCGGGACUACCUCGAGAACCUCGAGGGGACGAAGGGCAGCGAGACGAUCCACCAGGUUGGACAGGUGUAGAUAUAUGCAUGUGUGUGUCGUACAAUUGACAUGGUGGCGUGGUAGACAAGGACAGUGUGGCUAUGACAAUACAGGAGUGGGUUAUGAGCGAGUCCUUGGGUGUGGCGAUUCUCGUGGACAAGGGACUUGGGGUUGGACGGGGAUGAGACACUAGUUGGCUGUCUUCCAGGUGGGGAAGCGGCGUGCAGGUUUGGUGACGGGAGGGGUGGUGCUCGUGGCAGGAGUGUCGGACGUGCCGCUGGUUGGAAGAGAGGAGAGGGCUCCGCUCGGCUUCGACUCGCCCUGGUCGAUCUUCAGGCGGUUGCUUGGACUCCCAGACGAGGGGCCAGC